UUUGAUAAAAACUACAUGUGUGAAGUAAUUCGUGAAGCUCCGAAAAUGUUAAACUGCACAAUUAAUAAUCAAAAACGACAAGAGGACGAAGUCUUAGCAAUUUCAAAUAUUUAUACCAAUAAUGAAUUUUCUUAUAUCAAACAAGAUAUAAUACAGUGCUAUUAUAAUAUAUUUUUUAAUAACAGAGACUAUUCCUUAAAACUCGAAAAUAUUCUUGGACAAAAUUUUAACUCAUUUGGUCCUUAUUUUAUCAAAUAUUUGCCACCUAUUAGAAUGUACUUAGAACUUAAUGUUGAUUAUCCUACUGAAAGAUCGCCAAAUUUUCAUAUUAUUUCUUCGUGGCUUUCACCUUGGCAAAUAUCUUUUAUUUGUCAGAAAUUAGAUGAGAUAUGGCUGGAAAAUAAAGGCCAAGAAAUAUUAUUUUUGUGGUUUGAAUUUUUAAGGCAUGAUAUCCUUAAAUUUCUGAACAUUAAAGACACAUUAGAUAUGUCAUUUAUGUAUAUGACAUAUCAUAAGAUAUCAGAUUAUUUUAAGCUAAAUUUAAUAUUUCAAAAUGAUAUUAGAGCUAUAUACAGUAUAUUAUUUUGUGAACCAUUAAAAUUUUUACUGAAUUAUAAUAAUUAUACAGAAGAGAUUAAAUUUCAAAAUAGUUACUUUGAAUGUAUUAUAUGUUUUAAUAAAUUUUCUGGGAAACAGUGUAUAAAGCUCAAAACUUGUGGUCAUAUAUAUUGUAAAAAUUGUAUACAGGAAUAUAUUGUUAUAAAAAUUAAGGAAGAUAAUGUAACUGAUAUUACUUGUCCUGAUUUAAGCUGCAAUCUUAAUAUUACAAUUAAUGAAGUUAAAAAACUUUGUCCAGAAUUAUUUUCACAAUAUGAAAAAGCUUUACUACGCGUGACAUUAAGUACUAUGAAAGACGUCAUCUUUUGUCCUAGAAUUUUAUGUCAAUGUCCUUUAGUAAAAAAUGAUGAUGAUACACUAGGAAUUUGUAAUAAAUGUGAAUAUACGUUUUGUACUUACUGUUAUAAGGUAUAUCAUGGGGUUGAACCAUGUGCUAUGUCUUCAAGUAGCAGACAAAAACUUAUUGAAGAGUAUCAAAAUGGUAAUAAACAUAAAAAAAAACAAUUAGAAGCGAAGUAUGGUAGGAAACAGAUACAAAAAGUUGCUGAAGAAUAUUUAACACAAGAAUAUUUAAAGAAACAUACUAAGGCAUGCCCAAAUUGUGCAUCUAUGGCUGAGAAAAUUGACGGAUGCAAUAAAAUGACAUGCAAUUAUUGUCAGGCUUGUUUUUGCUGGCUUUGUGGAAUGCUUAUUACUACAAAAAAUCCAUACGAUCAUUUCUUGUCUGGUGGUGAGAAUUGUUAUCAACGUUUGUUUGCUUAAAGGAAGAAGGAAAUAUUGAGCUAUAACAUAGAGAAAGAAUAUAUUUUUAUUAAAUGAGAAUUAACAUGUGAGUUCAGUUUAAAUGUUAUUAUGUGUAAUGUAACACAAGAAUAUUUAAAGAAACAUACUAAGGCAUGCCCAAAUUGUGCAUCUAUGGCUGAGAAAAUUGACGGAUGCAAUAAAAUGACAUGAAAUUAUUGUCAGGCUUGUUUUUGCUGGCUUUGUGGAAUACUUAUUACUACAAAAAAUCCAUACGAUCAUUUCUUGUCUGGUGGUGAGAAUUGUUAUCAACGUUUGUUUGUUUAAAGGAAGAAGGAAAUAUUGAGCUAUAAUAUAGAGAAAGAAUAUAUUUUUAUUAAAUGAGAAUUAACAUGUAAGUUCAGUUUAAAUGUUAUUGUAUGAUUAAUUGAAAUAUAUACAAUAUGUAUAAAAUAGAAUAUUUUACAUAUUAGUAAACAAUAACCUACUAUUUUUAGUAUUGUCAAACAUCUUUUGGCAUAUGAACCUCAACAGUAGCUUCUGUUACAAACUGUUCUGUGAUAACAGAGACUGUUAAUUCAUCUUCCUGGCAAUGUACUAUGUUAUCUAAAAAUAGUUAUAAAUAUUAUGAGACUUUUAA